AUCGCACAGGGCGACAGACUGGCAAGACAAGUCAACGUCGGUGUAUAUGCGGUCGACUGCCACGACGACCACCAUCGUGGCGGCCGUGCUGCUGCGCGCGUGCGUGUCGCUGCACGGCUACUCGGGCGAGGGCGUGCCGCCCAUGUACGGCGACUUUGAGGCGCAGCGCCACUGGAUGGAGGUGACCGUCAACCUUCCGGCCGAGAGGUGGUACGUGCACGGCCCGGACAACGACCUGCAGUACUGGGGCCUCGACUACCCGCCGCUGAGCGCGCACUUCAGCUGGGCGGUCGGCCGGCUCGCCCAGGCGUGGCACCCGCAGCUCGUCGCGCUGCACGCUUCGCGCGGCCACGAGAGCGCCGAGACGCGCGCCUUCAUGCGCCGCUCCGUGCUGGUGGCCGACCUGCUCGUGUUUGUGCCCGCCGCGCUCGCUUUUGCGCGCCUGCCGGCGGCGGCGGGCGGCGGCGGCGGCGCGCCCACCCGCACGCUCGCUCUGCUCCUGCUGAGCCCUCCUCUCGUGCUGGUCGACCACGGCCACUUUCAGUACAACUGCGUGUCGCUGGGGCUGGCGCUGUGGGCGCUGGUGGCGGCGCUGUCGGGGCGGCCCCUCGCCUGCUGCGUCGCCUUUUCGCUCUCGCUCAACUUCAAGCAGAUGGGCCUCUACCUCGCGCCGGCCGUCUUUUGCUACCUGCUCGCCGGCGUGCUGCGCACGCGCGGCGUCGGCCUCGCCGCGAGCCGCUUCUGCGCGCUGGGCGCCGUCACGUCGCUCACCUUCGCCGCGUGCUGGGCGCCCUUCUUGGCGAGCGCGACGCCGUACGACUCGACGCUCGCCGUGCUGCGCCGCGUCUUUCCGACCUCGCGCUCGCUGUACGAGGACAAGGUUGCCAACGUGUGGUGCACGAUGGCGCUGCUGCCUCCCCUCAAGCUCAAGGCAGGCCCGCCCGGCCGCACCCGCUCUCCACGCCCCCCGCCUGCGGACGGCACGCUCCUCACACCUGCAGGCCAAGCUCGCGCUCGAGGCGCUGCUGCGGCUCUCGCUCGGAUGCACGCUCGCCGCACUCCUCCCGCCCUGCGCGCUGCUGCUGCGCGCGCCCUCGCGCCGCGCUUUCCUGCUCUGCGCGACGGCGUGCGGCCUCGCCUUCUUCCUCCUCUCCUUCCAGUGCACGAGAAGCACCUGCUGCUGCCGCUGCUGCCCGCCGCUCUUCUCUCCACGGAGCACCCGCGCGCGUACGCCUGGUUCGCGCUGCUCGCCGCCUUCUCCAUGUUUCCGCUCCUGGCGCGCGACGGGCUCCGGCUCGCCUACUCCGUCUGCCAGCUCGCCUUUGGCGCGCUCGCCGCCGCCCUCACGCCGCCGAUGGAGGUGGGCGGCAGCGCGACGGCGGGCGGCCUUCUCCUCGCCGCCUCCCUCGCCGGGAUGGUCGCGCUCCACGUCGCCGAGGCGGCCUUGCCGCCGCCGCGCCGCUACCCCGACCUGCACGCCGUCGCCUUCUCCGCGUACGCGUGCUGCCACCUCGUCGGCGCCUACGCCGCCUGCCUGCACGCGCUGUGGCGCACGACCGCCACCGCGCCGCCGCACACGCCGCUCGACGGCGGCGGCACGACCGUCCGGGAGAGGCGAAAGGCGGAGUGAUCGACCUU